UCCAAUUAAUGGCUUGGCACCCAAAAACCAUGAUAACACCGUCAAAGAGCAAAUGGCGGUAAUGUUAAGGUUCUUGAAUGACAAAGGGGAAGUUGUGGAACGAUUUCUUGCUCUGCAUCAUGUCAAAGAUACUACUUCCGAGGCACUAAAAAAUGCUCUUUAUGAUAUUAUUGAUCGUUACAAGUUAUCUAUUUCAAGGAUACGAGGGCAAGGAUAUGAUGGGGCUUCAAAUAUGAGAGGUGAAUUUAAUGCUUCACAUCAUACUACCUUGCUUCGUCUGGAUCAGAUGUGGUCCUCCGUGUUAGUGGUGCUUAGUAUGGUUCAUGAAGAUGGACGUGGACCAUCUCAAGCGGCGGGUUUGAUAGAAAAAAUGGAGAGCUUUAAAUUUGCUUUCAUUUUGAAGUUAAUGUUAAAGUUGUUUGGUAUCACAAACGAGCUUUCAAAAAUCUUGCAAAGAAAAGAUCUUAAUAUUGUGCUCGCCAUGGAAUUAAUUAAUGUAGUCAAAACUCGGUUGGCCACAUUGAGAGAUAGUGGUUGGGAUAAUUUAUUUGUUGAUGCACAAGAAUUUUGUGUUGCUAAAGGUAUUCUGGUGCCAAAUAUGGAUGAAGAAAUACCGGUUCGAGGUCGUUCAAGAUUAGAAGGGAGGACUGUUACUAAUCUUCACCAUUACCGGGCCGAGAUUUUUUAUGUUGCUAUUGACAAAAUAUGUGUGGAGAUGGAUCAUCGCUUCAGUGAAGGAAGUCACACUGUGCUUAAUUGCUUCUCAUGUCUUGACCCCAAGAACUCUUUCUUCAAGUUUGAUGUUGAUAAGCUUGCUCGUCUUGCUGAUAUAUAUCAUGCAGAUUUUUCUAAUGAUGACCGUGGAACAAUAAGGGAGCAACUUGAGACUUAUGUACUUCAAGUGAAAAGGCAUGCUUCCUUUUCUUCUUGUGAAGAUGUUCAAAGUUUGGCUAUGAAGAUGGUUCAAACUGAGAAACAUUUGGUAUUUCCAUUGGUCUACAAACUCAUUGAGUUGACUUUGAUAUUGCCGGUGUCGACAGCAUCCGUUGAAAGAGCUUUUUCAGCAAUGAAGAUUAUCAAGACUAAAUUGCGCAACAAGAUGAACAAUGUGUGGUUAAAUGACUUGAUGAUACGUUACACCGAGCGGGAGAUAUUCAAGUCACUUGAUGAUGUUGAUAUUAUUCGAACAUUCACCGUAAAGAGGUCUCGGAAAGGGCAUUUACCUCCUAAUUUUAUUUAGCACGCUAUUGACAGGUUAUAUUUCAUCUCUCUUAUUUCAAACCUGUA